CUCAUCCGAAUCUUCGUGGUUGCAAUUAAGAAUUGCAAAUCAUUUUACAGAACUAUUGGCACCGAGUAAAAGUAAAAAAAUAGACUAUUUCUUAUACCAAGCCAUGGCCGACAACAACCCAGUCGUAUACCAGCCUCCGCCCCCUUACUCUGCUACAGCUCCUGGCAGUCAAUCUCAGCAGGCUAUUUCUGGUGCUGUUCAUGGUAUACAGUCUCAAUAUCAGCAACAGCAGCAAGGUCUUGUGCAGCAUCCACCAAUCUCUCACGGUAGCCAGCUCGCGUACGCUGCAAUUCCGGUGAAUGCACAGUCAUUGCCGUCGCCCCACAUAUCAGAUAUCAAACAUUCAGCUCUGCUUUCACAGCAACCUGUACAACAGAGGGCAGGCCAAGUCUAUGUCGCUCAAGCUAUUCAAGCACAAGGUCAAGCUGUGCAACUAAACCAACCUGUGCAAUUUCAACAGCAGACAGGGCCCUCUCCAGCUGCGGCACCAAUGCCUCCUAAUAGUACCGUAAUCUAUACACCCUCGGGCCACCAACAAUAUCAACCUCUUCACACCCAAGUGUCUGCAGCAACUGUAGUACCAGUGAGGCCAGUUCAAACCCCAAUAAUGGUUUCUGCACAAACACCGAUGCUGGCAUCCCCACCAACGUCUCCACCAUCUCAAUAUCCCAAUUCUCCAAUGCAGUUCACUACUCGCCCGGCCCCAAUCAUUCAACAUCAAAAUCCAGUCAAUAGUGCAGUCGGUACAGCUUAUACUACAACAACAGCUGGGCCGACAAUGAUUCAGGUCAUAAAUCCUCCUCCUAAGACGACAAAGACGACGACAACGCAUGUUGUGUCAAUUCCCGCCACACCAGCGACCUUCCAACAGCAACAACAACAACAAUAUGUCCAGGUCCAAAAUCAACCUUUGCAACAAUAUGUUGUUCAACAGCAACUAGUGCCAACGCAGCAUCCCAGCCAACUCCAACUAGGCCAACCUCAACUUGUUCAGCCCCAUAUCCAGUUUGUUCAACCACAAUUGGCGCAGCCUCAAGUUUUACAACCCCAGCGCAUAAUAACAUCGACUCAACAACAAGUUUUACUUGUGAAUCCAAUGCCUCAGCUUGUAAACAGCAACUCAAAUGCUAAUAGCAAUCAUGGAACAGAUGGUGUUUAUUAUCAGGCAGCCUAUCAAUUACAUGGCCCCUUACUGAGUAAACCUGCCGGUGGUCGACAGAAUAAAUACAACCAAACUACGACCCAUACAACUACGGUUCAUUAUGUACAUUCGGCUAAUCAGGCUCCUCCUCCUACGUCUACUCCUGUUGUUUUUACCACUCAUCAGGGUGGGCAAUUUGUUUCACCUGUAACCAACUCACAGACCUUUAUACAUCACACUCCGCAUGUUCACCAGAAUGUGCAGCAGAGACCACAGAUUAUUCAGCAUCAUUAUCAUCACAUUCCAAGUAAUAAUGGAAAUGGAGCCAACUCAUCCCAGCAGAUUACUAUCGAGCCAAAUGUGACAUUUGAAGUUCAAGCAGGAGGACAGGUUGAUCAAUCAACCUGGGCUGAUCCAGGAUUAUCUGGCACGGAUACAGCAGGACUUGAUUUGUCUGGAUUGUCAGGUGUCGAUUUAUCUGGGCUUGUGGCAGCUAGCGGAGGGAUUGACUUUAGUGGACUAGGAGGAGAUUUUGGAUGCUAAUCGAGAUGAAACCUAUUUAAACUCUCUAGUUAUAACUAGUCACCCGUAAUACCCCAUUUGCGUCUUUCUCAUCAUCUGAAAGUUUAUUGGCAUUUGCAGCUUAAAUAAGGCUAGAGAAACUUUCAAGACGCGUUGUAAUUUUGCGUUGACUAAAAAAAAAAAAGCUCCUUUAUUUGAAAAUGGU